AUGGGCAGAAAGAAAUCGUCUCCUGCUCAAAAGGAAAAGAUUACCAACUACUUCAAUAGGAUUGAUCAGGUGAUAGAGAAUGAUGACAAUGACUUUGUGUCCAGCUCGCCACCUGUAGUGGUGCUCAAGAAGCAGAUCAAUACCAGUAGUAGUGGCAUUGGUGGCAAAGGUAGCAAGAGUAGCAUAUCGAGCAGUGGCAGUAGCAAGAGCAGUACAUCUAGCAGCAUGUUAAUAAAGAGGAAGAAGAUGCAACCGGAUGAUAUCUUCUCGGAUGACGACGACAGCAGCAACACUACACCACAAGUAAUACAGAGAAUAGACACCGAUGAUGACAAGGAGAACAAGUUUGAAUUAGUAGACGACGCUGUCAAACAGGAGAGAAAGAGACUAAAGAGGAAUGUAAACACUGACAGCAACAACAACCAUAACAACAAAGUGUUGUCUCCAACAAAGAAGAAGACGACAACAACUUCCACUUCAUCAACACCAUCAUCAACCUCACCAUCACCUCACAAGAACAAAUCAUCCUCCUCAUCAUCGACACCAUCAUCAAACAAGCACAAGGAGGUUCGAUCACCUCUUGUCAUGGAGUCAAGGCCAAAGCCACCACCACCUUCAAGCAACAAACUGUCAGACGAUGCAGACGAUGAGAUCACAAGUCCAGACGAAUCAAUAUCAGUAAGCCGCAGUCAUAAGAGAGACUCUACACCAUCAUCCACCAACAACAACAACAACAAAGUAGACCAACCAUCAACGCCAAAGAAGGAGUCUACGUCACAUUCCACAUCUAAUGGCACGACCAAUGGCAAAUCCACUCCAAGCAAGCAACAACAACAUCGACCAGCAGUGGUACAAUCACCAAAGCUAGAGAUCAAAAGGAGUGGAUCAGGCUCUAAGUUUGACUUUGACGAUGUACUGGACGACGAUGAAAUAGUGUCUUCACCUGUUAUCAAGCCAAACAAGAACUACAACACCAACUAUGUAUCACCACUCAAGCAAUCUGAUCACACUGCCAGCAGCAGCAAGAAGACAACAGUACCAGCCGCAUCACCAAAGAAGCAACUCACCUUUGCCAGCUACGAUCCCAACCCAGACACCAGCAUCACUGCCAAGCCUACCACUAUCAAGCCCAACUCCAACUACAAGAUCAAACCCACCAUCAAGCAUGAGGAAAAGGAAGAUGAGAUUGAUGAAGUGGACGAUGUCGUCAGAACUCCAGACACUGCUGUGAAGAAGGAGAAGGAGAAGAUGAAGCCGGUGGACAAGCAAGAGAAGGUUGUUGAGAAGAAGAAGGCACAGCCUGUUGUUAAGGAUGAGGAGGAGGAGGCGGCACAACCAUCCAAACCAAGAGUCAGCACAUUGUUCAGAUCAACUUCAACAUUGCACCCAGCAGACGAUAGUGAUGACACUGAGAAAGAGUCAGAGGAUGUAGCCAAGAAGACCCCACCAAAGCCCACUGCAAAGCCAAUUGCCAAGACAACAUCAAAGACAACGCCCAAGAAGAAGACUGGCACCGCCGCCGCCGCCGCCACCACAACAGACGAAGAGAAGGCAAAGGCCUUGGCUAAACGAGAUAACUUCCUCAAGUAUAAGAUGAAUGCUGCUCAGGGUCCCCCUCCACCACCAAACAAAGGAUCCAAGCCAUACCCCAAGGGCACUCCAACAUGUCUUCGCAACAAGACGUUCCUGGUCACUGGUGUCAUGGACAGCUUUGAGCGAGACGAGAUGAAUGACAUUAUCCAGAAGUUUGGUGGCAAGCUGCUCAAGACUGUCAGCGGCAAGCUCAACUAUCUGAUCGUGGGCAUUGAGCCUGGCGUAUCAAAGCUGGAGAAGGCCAAGCGUGCCAAGGCCAAGCUGAUCUCUGAGGAUGAAUUGCUCGAGAUGGUUAACUCCAGUAUAAAACAAGACGAGAAGGUGGAUGAGGAUGAGGAGGAGACUGGUGUGGAAGACGAGAUUGAGGAAUCUGCUGGCGAGGAGGAUAAGGCAAAGAAUAAGACAACAGCAUGCAAGAGUGUUGGCAAGGUCAAGGUCGAGGAGAAGGAAGAGGAUGUUGUGAUGGACGAAGAGAAUGAGGAUGUUCAGAUGGAAGAUGUCAAAACUGAGCAGAAUGAAGGAGACGAGAAGGAGAAGGAGAAGAAGGUGGAGACGGUGUCGACACAAUCAACUACAACUACGACCACGACCACCAGCAACAACAACAUAUCACAAUCAUUGGACUUGAAACCCAAGACCCUUUCACUCCUUAGGAACACAUCAUCAUUACUCAAGCCACAACUCUCACUCAAGCCAACUUUGUCACUCAACAUCAAUGGAUUCAAGCCAGCCAGCUCACUUAAACUCACUCUCAACAAUAACAACAACAACUACGCCAACUCUGCAGAGAGCAAGAAGGACUUUGAUUACCUCAAGAAGGAUAUGAGUAGGGUGGUGGUCCCAUCCUCCUUCAAGAAGCUCCCACCUGGCAACGACAUGAUGUGGGUGGACAAGUACAAACCAGCUAGCUCAGCUGACCUGCUCGGCAAUCCAGGUGUCAUCUCGACACUCAAGUCCUGGCUGGUUAAAUGGGACCCCAAGAUGAUCACACAGAGAGCCGCUUUGCUGUCGGGUCCACCUGGCAUUGGCAAAACAUCGUCCGCACUGAUGUUGUGCAAGGAGGCAGGCUAUGAACCACUGGAGCUCAACGCCAGUGACACCAGGAACAAGACACAGAUCGAGAAGUUGUUGUCGGGUGUGUCUGACAAUCAUUCUAUAACAGAGUUCUUCUCAAACAAGAAGAAGGGUGAGAGUAAGAAGACAGUUAUAAUCAUGGAUGAGAUUGAUGGCUCAUCUGGCAAUGAUGACAGAGGUGGUGUCAGUGAGAUAUUGCUCAUGAUCAAGACGACAAAGAUCCCAUUCAUAUGCAUUUGCAAUGAUUACUACAGUCCAAAGAUCAAGACGUUGAAGAACUAUUGUCUGGACCUCAAGUUUAGACGACCCAGUGUCAUGAUGGUCUCUGACAGACUGUUGCAGAUCGCCAAGCACGAGGGUCUUGUCAUGAACGAGUACAUGAUCGAGAAGAUAUUCUCAUCCACCAACCAAGACAUCAGGCAGUCCAUCCACAUGAUGCAGAUGUUAAGUCGAUCCAAUGUCAAGGCCACACACAACGAUAUCAAUGUCCAUAUUGCCAAUGCCAAUAAGGAUAUGGACAUUGGACCAUUCUCUGGAGCUCAGCAUCUCUUAUCAGUGGACUCUAGUAACCCAUCGAUCAAUGACAAGUUGGACUAUUUCUUCACCGACUUUUCGUUGGUUCCCUUGCUCAUCCAAGAGAACUAUCUGUACAACAAACCAUACAACAGAGCCUCCAACAGAGACGAUGAUGAUGAUGAGAUCACAAGGUUUGCCAACGCCGCCGAAUGCAUCAGUGAUGGAGACCUGCUCAACAAGGACAUCAUCUACAAGCAGAACUUCAACCUGCUUCCUGCUUAUGGAAUCAUCUCGUCGGUGAUACCAUCAUCAUACGUCAAUGGUGGCUCACGCAUGCCCCUCAACUUCCCUCAAUACCUUGGCAAGAACUCCAAUGCCAACAAACAACUGCGAUUCAUUCGUGAGAUCCAGCUGCACACUCGCGUGUCUGGUGCAAGAACCUUGACCAACUGCAACGAGACAAGAAUGUCACUGGCACCAAUGCUGCGCCACUACCUAAUUCAGCCACUGGUCCUCUACGGACAGGAUGGCAUUGAGGAUGUGAUCGACAUGAUGGACACUUAUGGCUUGACCGAGGACGACAGGAACAAUAAUUGCGAGCUGGUUCAUGGGGUGGAAACGACCUGA